CCCGGAGAAGCUCUGUGCCUGUAGGGGACCAGCCGCCAUCUCUAGUCUCUAGGCCUUGCUGGGGCCCAACUAAGAGAACUGACACCCGGGUCUUACCAUCCUUAUGGGGGACCAACCUUGUAACUCCGGGAGAUCCACGCUUCUGCCUGGAAGCACGCGGGAAGCCAGGCCUCCCAAAAAGCGCUGCCUCCUCGCUCCACGGUGGGAUUAUCCAGAAGGAACCCCCAACGGAGGUAGUACCCCUCUCCCCUCUGCACCGCCUCCUGCAUCUGCAGGCCUGAAGUCUCAUCCGCCUGCUCCCGAGAAGUAGUGAAUAUACUUCUACUUCAACCAGUCUUACUAUGUAAUCAGCUUAACUUCAUCAUCUGGAUUUGGAUGAAACUUAAGAUAUGACCAAGAUCAGACGGUAGUUCUCUAAGAUUGAAGUGCAAGGCUAAAUCAUGGUGAAUUACGAAAGCAAAUAAUUUCUGUGAUAUGUUACCCUAGCAGGAAAACAGCACUCUUGGUGACACCCAAUUCUUGCUGUAUGAUUUUUAAUUCCUAUAUAUCCAUUAUGGUCCAAAUAAAUUUUGUUUUUCAUUA